UAGAGACAAAGUCGAAGGCUCUGCACUCGGAAAAGAGACUCUCAUCUUCAGAGCAGCCACCUUCGCACCAAUGCCACAGAUACUGUGAUCGAUGCGACUGAUAAUGUGACUGAUAAUUCCUCAAACUGUAGUCUAUGAUCUAGGUCAUUGUUCUCCUAUGACAACCCGCUGAUCAUGUUCACUCCGUCAUUGAAACAAGGACGAGCCAAGGGUAAAGUGCGGAAAAAAUGGCGGCCGUUCCGCGCGACGGACUUUCAAUCCUUGAUGUUACCCUGCUUCCUUUUUUGCCGUCUUCUCGGAUUAUUCCCGUACAAGACGGACACUUCGGUUUUCGAGAUUUCCAAACCACGCUACGUCGUGGCGACCAUCGUUAUCUGCUUCUUCACCAUUUCUGGACUGAUAAUACUCUACCAGAUCGACAUUUCCAGCUAUAUCAAGUUCGAAGGCGUACCCGGAGCCCUUCAGUGCAAUUGUUACUACAUACUCGGUGGUUUUAUAGCGAUUAUUACGUUCAUCUUGACCAGACCGCGGAUGCAUUUACUCCAGACAUUGAUGGAAAUCUCCUCGAAGCUGCCCCCAGAAACGUUUCAGAAGUUGUCCAAGCUGAUCCACGCCAAGGACAUCUUUGGCUUUUUCUUCUUACUCGGGCAAGCGUCCAAUUGUUUCUCCCCGUCGCUCAACGACGCCGCUCUCAAGAUCCUAGCGACGUACAUCACUCUGCUGGUGUUUCAGAUGGAUAUGCUGUACAUGAAUUGUGUUUGUGUAUUAAAAGCAUGCUUCAAGCAGAUCAACGACAAUCUGGUGAACCUGCGAGAGCUCGUGGUGAGCGACGAGCCGCAUCUCCUCAGGCGAGUCUACCACGAGCAGAGAAAUCCGUUUCUAUUAAUGGAGCUCAAAGCCCUGAAGAAGCGACAUCUGAUAGUCAGCGACGCCCUGCAGUUGCUGAACGCGAUUUUCAGCCUGCAAUUGCUCGCCACCAUAGUCAUGACUUUCGCCGAGAUCACUUUCAGCCUGUACUUUUACAUAGUGCAAUGGCAGGGGGGCAUCUCCAUUAUCAAUUUGGAGAAGCAGAUCUGGUAUAUGUACUUCAUCACGUCCAUCGCGUAUUACUCUAUAAAAAUAACGAUUAUAGUGUGGGCCUGCGAGACCGGCAAGGAUCAGGCCCUGGAGAUCGGCACUACCAUUCACGAUGUGCUUAUCAGCACCAGCGAUAAGCAAAUCAAAGAUGAGUUGCAGUUGUUCUCCUUACAAAUACUGCAUCGUGAAAAUACGUUCUCUGCGAAGGGUCUGUGUGUAGACGCGACGCUUCUUACUGCGAUAGUAGGUAGCAUCACCACGUACUUAUUGAUCUUGAUACAAUUCCUAGUCACGAAGAAUUCUUGCGGCAAUAAGUCUUCAGCCAAUGCUACGUAUGCAGUUUAAUUAUAUAUGUGAAGA